AUGGCCAACCAAUCCACUGUGAGAGAAUUCAUUCUGAUGGAAUUUUCUGAUGAUCGUGACAUGCAGAUUUGGUAUUUUGUAAUGUUUCUUGUCAUUUACUUACUAGCUUUAGUUGGAAAUUUACUUCUUGGUGUUGCCGUGAUCCUAAAUCACCACCUUCAUGCUCCCAUGUAUUUCUUUUUGGUCAAUUUGUCAUUCUCUGAUGUUUGCUUCAUCUCAACUAUAAUUCCUAAAGCCAUGGCUGCUUCUUUGACAAAUAACAAGAAGAUCUCCUAUGUUGGAUGUGCUGCUCAGGUCUUCUCAGUUUUCAUCUUUGGAGGUUCUGAACUUUCCUUGCUUACUAUCAUGGCUUAUGACCGUUAUGUGGCCAUCUGUCAUCCUCUGCAAUAUACUCUAAUCCUGAACUGGGAUGCCUGUUUGCAAAUGGCAGCUAUUUCUUGGAUAAGCAAUUUGAUCAAUGCUUUACUAUACACCUAUCUCACAUUCAGGUUAAAUUUCUGCAAAUUCAAUAUAAUUGAUCAAUUUUUUUGUGAUAUUCCUCAUCUUCAAAACAUUUCAUGUACUGAUACAAGAAUUAAUCAAAUUCUAAUAUUGGUUACAUCGAUUAUUGUAGAUUCCUUUUGCAGUGGACUCAUUUUUAUUUCCUAUGGCUAUAUCUUUUUCACUGUGCUGACAAUCCCUUCAGUUCAAGGCAGAUACAAAGCUUUCUCCACAUGUACUCCCCACCUUAUUGUCUUUUCUUUGUUUUUGAUCUUUGCUCUGUUCGCAUAUAUGAGGCCCCAAAGUCUUUCCUCCCAUACUUUGGAUUUGCUCUCUGCUUUUCUCUACACUGUUUUGCCCCCACUCCUCAAUCCCUUCAUUUAUAGCUUCAGGAACAAGGAUAUCCAAAAGGCUGUAUGGAAAAUGCUAAUAACAUAG